UUACGCUAGACCGUUUUUGGCUGACAUACUCUUUGACUGCCGGAAGUAGAAGAGAAGAACCUUGUAUAUCGCAUCUACUUGGAAAUACGAUUCGAAAGACGAUAGAAUUGGAGGGAAAUAUCGCUAGCGGAAAAUAUUCAUGACUGUACAGCAAUGAUAUUGUCACUAUGACGGCUAAGAAACGCCGGAGCAAGCGUCCUGCCUUGCUUUCCCACAGCCGCCCCCGGAUCACAAAACAAGCUGCGAUUCCUUCACUUUCCUCCAAGGCGACCCGAAAUAUCAUCAGGUCUCAUCACCAGCUUCUCAAAGCCCAGGAAGCUGCUCUGGCUAGGAAAGACUUGUCGCUAGUGGAAAAAAUCGACAAAGAAAUUGCGGCCAACGGUGGACUAGAAAGCUAUCAACUUGCCAGUAAGACUGGGCAGUCUCUUGAGCGAGGUGGUGAUUCGAGCGUUGUGUUUCUUGACUGGAUUCGACCGACUUUGAAACAAUUGGAGAAAAGCUCACAGCGGCUGAAGUUGCUAGAGGUCGGCGCUCUGAGCACCAAAAAUGCCUGCUCAAGAAAUCCAUUCAUCGACAUCACCAGAAUCGACCUCAAUUCUCAGGAGCCAGGAAUUUUACAGCAAGAUUUUAUGAAAAGACCGUUUCCUAAAGACAAACAUGAUUAUUUUCAUGCUAUCAGCUUGUCGUUGGUAUUGAAUUUCGUGCCAAAUGUUGUCGGAAGAGGAGAAAUGUUGAAAAGAUGCUCCUCAUUCCUCACCUCUGAUUUACCUUCCAUAACGAACUUUACUCCAUACCUUUUUCUAGUGCUUCCCGCUGCAUGUGUCUCAAACUCACGCUAUUUUAGUCGAGAGAGACUUCUAGACAUUAUGUCAAGCUUGGGGUAUAUACAGUUGCAGGAGAAAAUCACGAACAAACUUAUAUAUCAGCUAUGGGAAUAUCACGCCGAUUUGUACAGGAUGGUUACAUUUCGGAAGGAGGAGCUGAAUCCUGGGAAGACAAGAAAUAACUUCACGGUUAUACUCAAUGACAACAACGCCAAUUGAAAAUCAACGAUUCUGCGACCCUGAUACAUGUA